AUAUUAUCUGGUCGCAUCUAGUCGUGUGAAAGCCAUGAAAAUGUUUUGUAGUUAAGAUAAUGCACAGUUGCAAAAGGAUGUACUUAAAAUAAAAAUGUUAGUACAUCGAAAUAAAGCAUAUGAAAAUCUUGGUUUUCGAAACAUAAUCUAAACUUAGAAUAAAUGUAUGUUGGAUGCAUCUUUGUUUUGUUGACAUCUUAAUUUCAAGGUACCAUCAGACGCAGACAAAUCAUAGCUAAUGGAUAUUUAGUUAUGAUAUAAAUGAAUGUUUAUGGUGGGAUGCCUACUCCGUGUCGCUUUUAAUAGUUUUGUAACUACUGUUCCAGGUGCUAAAUGCACAUCAGCUGGUUUUAGUCAGAUAAGCUGGUAUUUGUCAAAUGACGCGAGACAGUGGUAACAGAGUGAUACAAAUUAUUUGAACAGAACCGGCAAAUGAUAGUGCCUUAGAUGUCAUUGUUCCGACUAUGGGCUUUAAUACAGAAGGAAAUGUGCCUGUGAAUAGUGGUCAAACACAAGACCAAGCUCAAAGAUAUGAUUUCAACACGUUAGAUAUCAACGCAAAACACGUCUUCUAGUAUACGGAACGCUGGUGUUGCCAAUCCGCUGAUUAGGGAAUUCCCAGGAGCUAGUUUAGAUUUUGACGUUGUGACGCCGCCAAACUUAAGGAGAACAACGCCCACGAGGUUCAAUGUUUAAUCGUCUAUCUCGAUUAAUGCAAAGCAACAAUCUUCUAGGGAACGGUUAUGACAUGCCGUUACAAAAUAGACAAACAAGUCAAAGACCCUCUGUUGCAGAUUAUUAUAAUAUGCCACAGAGAAGACUACCAAACAGCCGUAGUGAUAGAAACACAAAUCUAUUACCUCGUAGAUUACGUGAAAUGUAUUUCGGCUCUCAUAAUUUCAGGCAAGGUAAUAGAGCUAAUUCUGGGUUCUUUGGCCCAACAUUCGCUAGGCCAUUUAUUGACAGACAGAUGGCAGUUCCAGGUUCUAGUUACGUUGAUACGCCUGUGAGCACGCCACCACCACAAACACCAGACGGGUGCGUUUACCAGCCUGGCAAAGAGCCAUACCUUUCACAAGAGCAACAGUUUCUUGAACAGCAGUUUUACCUCACGAACGAACUACCAGGAUCAGAUCAGCAGCAAAAACCAAAUGAGCCUGGGCAAAGUACUGGACAAGGUCGCGGACUUACAGCACAAGAACAACUGGCACAACAGAUAAAGAUAGUACAUGCGAGACAAGAGCAGUUAAUGAGAGAGCAAUUCAAUGGGCGUGGUGCUAAUAUUGGAACAAAUGAUCCAAAUGUAGAAAGAUACGGCUUGAUGGAACCAUUCGAUGGUGGCGUACCUUCUGUUCCGGGCGAAGUCAACGAUUGAAUUCAAUGGAAGGUGCAGAAGCUCAAGAAGCUAUUCACAACGUGGAAGCUUUACAUUAAACUUUAAACAUUCGAAAUCAUUACACGAAUCGUGAUACAAAUAGCCGAACCAUAGUUUAUGUUGUAUGACAUGUUUAUAUUAAACACAUUUUUACUGUGCUAUUAAGUCAAAAGUUUGGAAAUAAAACUGUAAAUAUUAAUUUAUGAUGCCAUGAUUAAUUGCUUGCCGGUCCUUCGGACCUCGGGGUAUGGUUUUGACUAUUGACCGGCAUACCAUUCAAAAGUGUAUGAUAUAUGUAAUUGCAGAGGCGGGGAAUACACACUAAUUCGAUUAACAAGUGCUACAGUUUUAAUUCACCUGAUUCCCCCAAUUAUGCUGAUUGUCUAUACAUUGAAGAUACUUUUUCACAUAGAACAUGCUAUCACAACGGAUUAAAUAUACAAAUGAGCCGUGCCAUGAGAAAACCAACAUAGUGGGUUUGCGACCAGCAU